UAAAUCAGCGGGGCCGGGGCUGGCCGGUAAUUGAUGCCCGCGGGAGGUGAAGCUGGCAGGGCGGCCCGCAGCGGACACUCCCUUUCCGCGGGCCGGGGCGGGCGGGGAGGGCUCGGGGCUGCUGGAUGCGGAUCCCGCGCCGCCCUGCGCCGUUAUCUCCGCCACCGCGGCAGGAGCCCGGGACCGAGGAGAGCCCGUCGGAGCCCAGCCGGCGCCUCUGCCUCUGCCUCGCUGCCGUCGGCAGGGGAAGAGCCCUGCGCUCCCGCGGGCAGGACCAUGCCCCGCCAGCUGCUCUCAGGGACCGUGCUGCUGGGAGCCGCCCUCCUGCUGGCAGGAUCUAGUUCAGGAUCAAAAUUAAAAGUUCCUGAGCUGAGUACAAAUGGCACACAGCACGUUGUUCAAGCAGGCCAGACUUUAAAUCUCACCUGCAGGGGGGAAAUGGUUCAUUCAUGGUCUUUGCCUGAAACUCUAAGUAAGGAUAGCAAAAGGCUGAAAGUAAUUAAAUAUGCCUGUGGAAGGAAUGGGAAGCAGUCCUGCAGCAGUCUGACCUUGAGCAGAACUCAAGCAAGUGACACUGGAAACUAUAGCUGCAAAUACCCAACAAGUCCAGCAAAAAAGAAGAAGGAAUCUACAGUCUAUGUAUUCAUUAACGAUACAGGCAAUCCAUUUGUAGAGAUGCACAGUGAUAUACCUAAAAUAAUACACAUGACUGUGGGAAGAGAAAUGAUCAUCCCAUGCAGAGUCACAGCACCAAAUGUUGCUGUUACUUUAAAAAAGAUUCCACUAGAAACCCUAAUUCCUGAUGGCAAGACAAUAAUCUGGGACAGCAUGAAAGGCUUCAGAAUACCUAAGGCAACCUACAGGUUCAUAGGGCUCCUGAGCUGCGAGACAACCAUCGGUGGACACACAUACAGCACAAAGUACCUAACGCACCGUGAGACCAACACGAUUUUUGAUGUUCAGUUAAGCACCCCGCGUCUUGUCAAGUUGCUGAAAGGAGACAGCCUAGCAAUUAACUGUACUGUCACCGCAGCCUGGAACACCAGAGUGCAGAUGACGUGGACUUAUCCUGGAGAAGCAAGGAGAAGAGGUUCUAUAACGCAGCGCAUUGACCAGAAGAAUACAGAAGCCAAUAUUUUUUACAGUAUCCUCGUUGUUGACAAAGUGCGUGAUAUUGAUAAAGGCCAGUACACCUGCCACGUGAAGAGCGGGCCAUCAAUCAAAGCUGUAAACACAACAGUCAUUGUUUACGAUAAAAUGUUUAUUAAUUUGAAACGUCGAAGAAAAACUGCACUGGAGGCUGUAGCUGGAAGAAAAUCCUAUCGUUUGUCGAUGAAAGUGAAGGCAUUUCCCUCUCCAGAGGUUAUAUGGUUAAAAGAUGGUCUACCUGCUGCUGAAAAGUGUGCUCGGUACAUGGUUAAAGACUAUUCAUUAAUCAUCAAGGAUGUUGCUGAGGAAGAUGCAGGAAACUACACUAUAAUACUGAGCAUACGACAGUGGAACUUGUCUAAGAACCUUACAGUCACCCUUAGAGUAAAUGUGAAACCCCAGAUAUAUGAAAAUGCUGUGUCAUCAUUCCCUGAUCCCAACCUGUAUUUACUGGGCAGCAAACAAGUGCUGACAUGUACAGUGUAUGGUAUUCCUCAGCCUAAAAUUACAUGGAUGUGGUAUCCCUGUAGACAAAACCAUUCUAAAACAAGGCAUGGCUUUUGCUCUUAUACUGAAGGAUCUUUCAUCCUGAAAGCUGGCAGCAACAUAGGAAACAGGAUCCAGAGCAUCACUGAGCGAAUGGCUGUAAUAGAGGGCAAAAAUAAGACUGCUAGCACUCUCGUUGUAGCUGAAACCAAAUCUUCUGGAAUCUACAGCUGUGUGGCAUCCAAUAAAGUGGGAAAAUCUGAAAGAAACAUCAGCUUUAUUGUAACAGAUGUACCGAGUGGAUUUCGUAUUAGUUUGGAAAAAAUGCCCAUUGAAGGAGAGAAUUUGGUAUUGUCCUGUUCGGCCAACAAAUUCCUGUACAAAGACAUUGCUUGGAUUUUACCGAGGACGGUCAACAAUCAAACGAAAGCAAAAAGGUCUCUCAACAAGGAGUACUCCAUCACCCUCACUCUGACCAUCAAGAAUGUUUCCCUGGCACACUCGGGCACCUAUGCCUGCCGAGCAAGGAACAUAUACACGGGGAAAGAAGUGCUUCAAAAGAAAGACGUUACAAUCAGAGCUCAAGAGGCACCAGCCCUGCUGAGGCACCUUAUGGAUCAGACAGUGAACACCAGUAACUCUGCCAUGUUGGAGUGCCAGGUUCAUGGCAUCCCUGAGCCCCACAUAUCCUGGUUUAAAAACCAUGAGGAAAUACAGCAAGAAUCAGGAAUAAUUUUAGGACCCGGAAGCCGAAUGCUGUUUAUUGAAAGAGUAAAAGAGGAAGAUGAAGGACUUUACCAGUGUAUAGCCACCAACUUAAAAGGGUCCGUGGAGAGUGCGGCAUAUGUCACAGUACAAGGCACAUCGGAGAGGUCAAACCUGGAGCUAAUAACCCUGACCUGCACCUGUGUGGCUGCAACGCUCUUUUGGCUCCUGUUGACUCUUUUCAUUCGCAAGCUGAAGAGGCCUUAUUCCUCUGAAAUGAAGACCAACCAUUAUCUGUCAAUCAUAAUGGACCCUGACGAAGUCCCCUUAGAUGAGCAAUGUGAACAUCUGCCUUAUGAUGCCAGCAAGUGGGAAAUUGCAAGGGAAAGGCUGAAACUAGGAAAGUCUCUUGGACACGGAGCUUUUGGAAAGGUGGUACAGGCAUCUGCUUUUGGAAUUAAGAAAUCACCAACAUGCAGAAUAGUUGCGGUGAAAAUGCUGAAAGAAGGAGCUACAGCCAGUGAGUACAAAGCACUGAUGACUGAGCUGAAAAUCCUGAUCCACAUUGGACAUCAUCUCAAUAUUGUGAAUUUAUUGGGAGCAUGCACAAAAAAUGGAGGGCCUCUGAUGGUGAUUGUUGAAUACUGCAAGUACGGGAAUUUAUCAAACUACCUGAAGAGCAAGAGGAAUUUUUUCUGCCCUAACAAGGACUCCUCUCUGCAAGGAGAGCCAAUGAAAGAGAAAAAGGAUAUUGAGCCGGUGGAAGGCAAAAAACAAAGGCUGGCCAGUGUCACCAGCAGCGAGAGUUUUGCAAGCUCUGGGUUCCAGGAAGAUAAAAGUCUGAGUGAUGUGGAGGAGGACGAGGAGGACACUGAUGAGCUCUACAAGUUGCCCCUCACUAUGGAAGACCUGAUCUCUUACAGCUUUCAGGUGGCCAGAGGCAUGGAGUUCCUCUCCUCCAGAAAGUGCAUUCAUCGUGACCUGGCAGCCAGAAACAUCCUUUUAUCUGAGAACAAUGUCGUGAAGAUCUGUGAUUUUGGCCUUGCAAGAGAUAUUUAUAAGAAUCCUGAUUAUGUGAGAAAAGGAGAUGCUCGACUUCCUCUGAAAUGGAUGGCUCCAGAAUCCAUAUUUGAUAAAAUCUACAACACAAAAAGUGACGUGUGGUCCUAUGGGGUCUUGCUGUGGGAGAUAUUUUCCUUGGGUGCCUCUCCUUACCCCGGAGUCCAAAUAGACGAGGAUUUCUGCAGCAGACUAAAGGAAGGCACAAGAAUGCGAGCCCCGGAGCAAGCAACCGAGGAGAUCUACCAAAUCAUGCUGGACUGCUGGCGAAGCAAUCCCAACGACAGACCAAGGUUCUCUGAGCUGGUGAAGAAGCUGGGUGACCUGCUGCAAGCGAACGUCCAGCAGGAAGGCAAAGACUACAUACCCCUCAAUACAAUAUUUACAACAGAAAGUGGGUUUCCCCCUGCAUCUGAUCCUUUGUGCAAUGAAAAUAUUUCUGUUACAAGCUCAAGUUGUGAAAGCACCGAAAAUGUCAGAUACAUAAACACUUUCAAAAUAAAACCACCCCAGCGCAUAAAGACAUUUGAAGAGCUUCCCAUCAAGGAAACGCUUUUAUUUAAGGAUUAUCAAGCAGACAGCGGGAUGGUGCUGGCUCCAGAAGAACUGAAACGCUUCACGUGGACAGGCAGCAAGCAGAAACGGACACUCUUUGGCAUUAAAGGUGCCAGCAGGAGCAAGGAGUCAGUGCUUUCUGGAAUAACCAAGCCAAGAAGUUUCUGCAGUUUCAGCUGUGACCAGCUCAGUGAAUCCAAGCGAAGAUACACGUACGGUAACACAGUGCUGGAGAAAAUGAAAGCAAGCCAUUCUCCCCCUCCUGACUACAACUCUGUCGUCCUUUAUUCUCAGCCACCUGUUUAAGUAAUUCUAGGCCAAGAUUUAAAUAUGCAUUUAAUCCAAAAAGGUUCUUCUGAAACACUGUCAUGUUAUAAAACUUUGACCCAAAUAGUUUCAAUUAUCCUAAAAUUUUAAAAGAUAUCAUUGGCUUAAUCUCAGUGAUCUGCUUUUCUACAGACUGCAACAAGCAUAUACAAAAUAUAGUGACAUACUAAUGCUUAGCCCUUGACUCUCUGAAAUGCUGAACACCAACAGCUACCACUAAAAUUGCCCAGUGCUUCUGAAGACCUGGAUGGUCGUCGCCAUCAUUACAGAGAAAACUAGCUCACUGUUUGGUCCCUGGCAGCAGGAUGGUAUUUCAUGCUCUAGUCUCCCCGCCUCUGCUUGGACUGGGGUGCAGCACCCGUGUCCUGGUUGGGAGCAGCAUCUGGGAGCCCGCGUCAGGCACUGGGGCAUUUGCACCCUGUUGCUGGGGCCUGUGUACUGCUGGAAAACCAAGGAUCCUUGAAGAAGGAUCUGCUUUGAGAGACUCGAGGGAAGCCUAAUCCUCCAGGGAAGCUCCGAAUUCGCUAGCUGGGGAUGGGGCAUUGUACAGCACUCACUGCUUCAGAUGGCAAGCGCAGCGAGGAGUCUCACGAGGCAGGGAUUUCAAAUUUGUGUUGCAAAACACAAUUGGCAAGGAUAGAGCAGAACUAAGAUCAGAGCCAAGCUGCAAUAGGGAAGACAUAUCAAUCGGGUUUGGACAAGCCUGCUGAAAUCAAGUAGAUACGCUUGAAGUUUUGCACUUUGUCAGUAUGCCAACACGCACACACUGGAACCAAACCAUAAGCUAGGGAUAUUAAAAGCCAAGCUCUGUCCAUGAAACUUCAUGGACCUUCUAACACUGCACUGAUUAUAUUUUAUUUAUGGGAAUCUGUCUGAAAAGACAGGAUGGCUACUAAAUUGCAUAUACUUUAAAUGAAUUUAACACUAGAGAGUUUGAAGAGAUUAGUCAGAAAUAAGACAAUCUCAUUAGAAAGUUAGGGCAGCUUUUCUAUGAAGACAGUUGAAUUUUGUAUUAGUUACUAGUAUAUAUGUACAGGAAUAAAACUGUAUCAUUCACUUGCAACAGAGUUUUGUAUAGCAGCUAAGAAAGGGCAUCAGUGUUCUUUGUUAGAGAAGCAUAAGGAUGCACCAUCCCCUUUCACCUUUGAAUGCAAUACUAAAAUGAGUUGGCCAUUUCACACAGUAGCACUGAUGUUUUCCAAAUCAACAACCACUGCCCAAUCUCAGCUUCUCAUGGUCCACUAUAAAGACAUAUUAACUCAAAUGCUACAUAUAAUAUGGUUCUGACCUCUUCAAACUCAGCUUAGGAGCUGUGAAUUUAACCCACUAACAGACUUAAAGGCAAAUGACCUUUUGCAUAUUACAAAGAAAAAUGUUCUUGGAUAUUCAAGUAAAAGAAACGUGUACCACUACUUCUAAGAUAAGUAUCAAUUCUUGAUCUUCCUGGCCAAUAGUUCAUCAGUUUUAAGUAUCUAUUGCACUGUCUCUUGCUGGGACAGUAUAUUUGAUCUUGAUCAAAAUGAAAGGAAAGUUUAAGGACUGUUUCUUAACUCCAAAUGAGCAAAACUAGUUAUGGGAUGAUGCAUCUUAAUGGAAAUGUUUGCACAGUGUAAAUAUAUAAAUAUGCUCUUUGUGCAUAAAUAUUUAAGAAAACUAGACUACAAAGAUUACUUUUAUAUGAAACCCCUAAGAUUCUUUGUAUGUGAAUAACUCCUAUUUUGUCCUGCAUUUUCUGUCUUUGUAUAAUGUAUUUGACUGCUAAAUGCAUAUAAUAAAAUUUGCUUUUGAAAGAAUCCCGA